AUACAUCUUCCACGUAACACGUUUGUGACAGUGUAUAAAAUAUGGCGGACUCGGCAGGAAAUUGGUGUCUCAUUGAGAGUGAUCCUGGCGUUUUUACAGAAUUAAUUAAAGAAUUCGGUGUCAAAGGUGCACAAGUGGAAGAAUUAUGGAGUUUGGAUGACGAGCAGUUCAAUGAGUUGAAGCCUAUUCAUGGUUUAAUAUUUUUAUUCAAAUGGGUACAAGAUGACGAAUUAUCAGGGAAUAUUGUGCAAGACAGUAGAUUGGACAAAAUAUUCUUUGCAAAACAGGUGAUAAACAAUGCCUGCGCGACACAAGCAAUACUGAGUGUCCUAUUGAAUUGUAAGCACACAGACAUAUCUCUAGGACCAAACUUAGAAGAAUUUAAAAAUUUCUGUCAAAGUUUCGAUGCAAAUAUGCGCGGACUUGCACUUAGUAAUUCUGACGUUAUAAGGGAAGUGCAUAAUUCCUUCUCAAGGCAGUCUUUAUUCGAAUAUGACUCAAAGCAGGCAUCGAAAGACGAUGAUGUGUUUCAUUUUGUGAGCUACGUUCCAAUCGAUGGUCGUUUAUAUGAAUUAGACGGAUUGAAAGACGGACCAAUUGAUUUGGGACAAUGUCCAGUGGGAGAACAAUGGGUACAAGCUGCCAAACCUAUAAUUCAAAAGCGGAUAAACAAGUAUAAUGAAGGCGAAAUUCAUUUCAAUCUAAUGGCUAUAGUGACAGACAGAAAAACUUUGUACGAAAGACAGAAGGUUAAUGUUUGCGAUCCUGAAGAAUUGGAACGUUUGCAAGCUCUAAUUGAGGAAGAGAUCAGAAAGUCGAAAAGAUAUCAAAUAGAGAACAUUAGACGGAAGCAUAAUUAUUUGCCGCUUAUCAUGGAACUUUUGAAGAUGCUUGCUAAAGAAGGCAAGCUUGUGCCUUUGUAUCAAAAAGCAAAAGAGAAAGUACUUGAAAAAGAGUCGAAGAAAAACAAGGUUUAAAUUUAGACGAAACAAGGAGGAUUAAACUAAAAUGAUUGGGGUAUCUGUGUGUUAGUGUAGCAAAGAGCCAAAAAGAAUUCAUUGUAUCGAUUCUUUUUUUAAAAAUAAAAUAGCUGUAUAUGCUUAAUAACUA